ACACCACGACACAGCCAUCGCCAUGGCACCUGCAUCGACGCUGGUGAAUAAGAUCAAGGUGCAGCUCAAGUUGAGCAUUGCACGCACUCGCAUGGUGCAGCAAAAGGAUACGGCUCUGGCGAAGCAGCAGCGCAGAGAAAUGGCCCAGCUGCUGGAGCUGGGCAAGAUCGAGAGUGCGAAGAUCCGCGUCGAGAACAUCAUCCGCUCCGACCUGCAUACAGAACUGCUCGAGGUCAUGGAGCUGUAUUGCGAGCUACUCACUGCACGAGCUGGACUUAUGGAAGCGAAAGAGUGCGACCCCGGGCUGGAAGAGGCUGUGAAGAGCAUAAUCUAUGCGGCGCCGAAGAUUGAUGGAGUCAAGGAGCUGAGCAUUGUGCGGCAACUGUUGGCGGAAAAAUAUGGCAAAGAGUUCACGUUACAGGCAAUGGAGAACAAAGAUGGCAAAGUGCCAGAACGGGUGCUGAAAAAGACGAGGGUGGAGCCACCCGCUCCGGAGCUCGUGGAGGCAUAUCUCUCUGCCAUUGCGGACGCAUACGGGAUAGACUAUCCACCGGGCACGAAAGCUGCACGAGAGGCCGAGCAAGCGGCCGACGACGAAGAGGACAAUGACGACGAGGAUGACAAUCCAUCCGGCGGCCAGAAGGUCAAGGCACUUGCGGAGCCGCUCACGACGGAAGAGCUCAGCAAAGCAACUCCCCCGCGGAACCUGGGACCGAAGAGCCCUGUUUCAGUCAUGCCGCCUUCGCCCAGCACGGACAACGUACGACCAAAGGUCAAUUUGCCCGGGGCACCCGAUUUGACGCCAUCGAAGAAGAUGACGGAUAAGCUGAAUGGCGCCAAGAAAGACAAUGGACCCGGCGGAAAGAUUCCAGAUAUCGACGAGCUGCAGAAGAGGUUUGCAUCGCUCAAACGAUGACGAAAGUAAUAGUCCCACCCAGACUACGAAUUCAACGAUAUGAUUCACGACUACCACGACCAUUACGAAUGCCAGAACGGCUACUCCCAGCGCACCUACGAGGACGAUCGCGCACCUGGGUUGGCGCAUCUAUAGCUUGCUCCACGGCGAGAUGAUGGCCCAGGACAAUCACGUGCUCCACCGUCAGCAAUAUCAAUGCGGUUGACUGCAAAGGAUGAGCUCUCUGCCAGUUCACUGCACAACGGCUUGGGGGCGCAAGUCGGCAUCUCGCCAGCUUUGACAUCCCUGGGCCGGUGCGAACAUCGGCGCGCUCGGUUUCACUCCUCAUGAUACCCGGCUCCAUCUCGCAGGCCAGGGCUCACCAGCGGCUCGAUCCCU